CGGGCUGUAGUACAAUAUAAAUGUGUGGACGGGUCAGCCGCAGAGCCACAGAUGCAUUGAAGUACAAUAUAAAAACAAACAUGAGAGUACUGAUGCUUGUUAUCACUUUACUGCUGCUGACAGCUGGAGAAGCUUAUGACACAGAAAUACAGGGAUGGACUUGUGGAUCUCGAGGUCUGUGCAGGAAGCACUGCUAUGCACAGGAGCAUACGGUCGGUUAUCAUGGAUGCCCUCGAAGAUACAGGUGCUGUGCUUUGCGAUUUUAACCAUUAUGGAGAAACGCUUGCUUAUGAAGACCAUGUGACUGAUAACCUCCUAUUUAAUGCUGUGCUGAUUUACAAACAUUAGCAUAGGAAUGAUUUAUGCUGGUGAAUGUUAUACAGUUUGCAUAUAGCUACUCUGAAACCUUCUCAGUUAAACCAUCACCUAAAAUAAGAAAUCAAACACAAAAACAUUCAAUGGGAUAUAUUCAUUAUAUUGUGGAAUGGCCGGCUUAUGUAUUUAGUUGGACUGUGCCUUAAUUUUUACGAUUUGUA